AUGUUCAGAGCCAUUUUCAACCGCACCUUACGUUCAAAAGUUCCAAUUUCGAAGACCCCUGGUGAGUUCAAAAGACAUGUUACUUCUGAAAACAAGAUUCUGGAGUCACCUCAAUGGAACAAUAAAGUAGAUUUUACUUUAAAAGAAUCGGUAUUACACGACAUCGAUAAACGUCGAACUGAGGCUAUCGAAAAUAGGAUCACCAAGGCCGAGAACAAGAUAAUUUUCGCUUUGGUUGGUUGCACUGUUUCAAUCAUUACUAGCUUUAUUAGCUUGAAUAGUACUUCCAAUAAAAAGGAAACUGAUAAAAAGAUUGUUUAUGUGAAAAUACGAGACUGA